CGAUGACGGACUACAAGUUGUAACCUUAAAGUGUGAUCACAUGACAGCGAUAAGCUUUUUUGGAUUAGUCUCACAUAUCCUGACCGCGUAGUCGGCAGCCAGCGAGACAAUUAAGGGGAGGGCCUCUUUCAAUCCAAGAUCAUCUCUCUUAUCUUCUUCUUCAUAUUCUCCCUGCGUCGCACGCUCAAGCUGGGCUUGGAUGCCAAUACUUUAACAUCUUUAGAUCACCGACAUGAAAGGGCUUCUUUCUCCAUAAUGGGGGGACUCCACUACAAGACGAUAAGGGCCUAUCUUCCCCAGAUACGGUUUCUCACAGUCCAUUAUGCCUACUUCAUUGGACUCUCGUUCAUUACCUCCGCCAUCUUCUGGGGCGCCUCUUCACCUGCCCAGAGUGUGCGAUACGUCGACUCAUUGUACUUGACUGUCAGUGCCAUGACCCUCGCUGGCAUGAAUACGGUGAACCUGUCUACGCUAAAUACAUUCCAACAAGUCCUAUUGUUCUUCCUGAUAAUGUCUGGAUCUGCAAUCUGGGUGUCCAUCGCCAUGGUGCUUGUUCGCAAACGUGCCUUCGAAAGAAGGUUUGGGGAGAUUGUGAAAGCAGAGCGUGUCCAAAGAAAAGCCCGGAGCCAGAUUGGGCUUGGUCAUGCUUUAGCGCGGUCGCGCUCUUUCUCCCGACAGUCUGUCAUGCCCCAGGAACGUACUUGGGUACCGGGACUUCUACCCAUGCUCCGGACUUCGAAUCUGGAAGCACCAGUUGACCCUAGUGGUACUUUUCCACCCAGGAGCUCGGAAAAAAGGGACCUAGGAUUAAAGUCCAAGCCGAGUCAUACCGAUGCUGAAGAACCAGACCAGCAACCGAACCAGGAUGUUCCAGAAGCUGGAAACGAUGCCGAGUCUGUGGCUCCUAAUGAAGGACGGCCUUAUGAAGAUGUUCUUAGGGAGCAAACGAGCAAUUAUGAUAAUGAUGCUCAUAUUGUUUUCAUUUCCGACGCAAGGAAUGGCUCUGAAGAACAGCAAUCGAACCCAAUACGUCGCCGCAUGCUUUCCCCAUAUACAAAUGUUUUGAAUCGCUCUAAUACGCUCGGUGAACUGGAACAAGGCCCAUCCGCUCAAGACUCUGAUGGAGAUGCUCUUCAUUUGAACUUUCUCCACAAAUUGCACCGCAAUUCUACAUUUUACAAUCUCACUGAGGCGGAGCGACAAAAGCUCGGAGGUGCCGAGUAUCGAGCAGUCUGCUUAUUGGCUGUCAUCGUGCCGAUCUAUUUUUUCUUAUGGCAGCUGCUCGGCGGGCUAGGGGUGGGAGCCUAUAUCGCAAGGAACAAAGCAUCGGUGGCCGAGUCUAACGGUCUUAAUCCUUGGUGGACCGGCUUCUUUUUUGCAGUAUCUGCGUUCAAUAACUCUGGCAUGAGUAUUCUCGAUGCGAAUAUGGUUCCCUUUCAAACGUCAACCUAUAUGCUCAUCACAAUGGGCCUAUUGAUCCUGGCUGGUAACACCUGCUAUCCGAUAUUUUUGCGAUGGAUAUUACGGGCUAUUCGUCUCGUGCUUCCAGAUCACGAAUAUUUUGAUCAAUUCCGUGACACAUUAAACUUCCUCCUGGACCAUCCAAGACGAUCUUAUACCACUUUGUUUCCUUCUGCGCACACAUGGUGGCUGUUUCUCUCUGUGAUCGUACUGAAUGGUGUCGAUUGGCUAGCAUUUGAAAUUCUCAAUAUAGACAAUCCGACAGUGGACGCCAUCCCCCGGGGAUCGCGGGUAUUGGACGGACUUUUCCAAGCCUUGUGCGUUCGGAGCGGAGGCUUCUAUUUGGUCAAUAUCUCAGCCCUCCAGCUAGGGACGCAAGUCAUCUAUGUGGUGAUGAUGUAUAUUUCGGUCUAUCCCGUUGUGAUUACAAUGCGACACUCCAAUGUGUACGAGGAGAGGAGUCUGGGAAUUUAUGCAGAUGACCCGUCCACAAACGAGGAUGAUCAGGAAAUUUCUUCAGAAUCCUCGAGAAGUCGACUCUCCAUAAACCCGGUCUCUGGAAGGAUGUAUUUCAUCCGACAUCAGCUUCGAGCUCAGAUGGCUUACGACCUAUGGUGGAUCGCGGCGGCUGUGAUCAUAAUUUGCAUCGUGGAGGCAGGUCAAUUCACCCGUGAUCCUGUCACGUUCUCCGCGUUCAACAUCAUUUUCGAGACAGUGAGUGCCUACGGAUGUGUCGGAAUCAGUACUGGCCUUCCAGAUCAACUUUAUAGUUUCUCUGGGGCCUGGCAUACCUUGAGCAAGCUUGUCCUUUGUGCCGUGAUGAUUCGGGGGCGCCAUCGAGGUCUGCCGGUCGCGAUUGACAAAGCGAUUAUGUUACCGAGCGACAAACUUAUCAGAGCGGAAGAAGAAGACGCCCAGAUCAGGAUGGAACGAACAAUGAGCCACAGAACUCGAUGACAACGGCUGAUUUACCAUUGAAAGCAACACAGUAACACCAAAGAGAAAUCAAUAUCGAUAGGCCGUGAGCUCGGAGCGUAUCCCAGUAGCUCAGUAAGAGGAAAUUUCAGUCGGUACAUUUCCGACGAGGGAUCAUCGGGAAAUUUGAAACGGGGGAGCUGAAUAAUGUUAAAGCUAUGCCGUGACCCUUGAGAAUAGUCAAGCCCAGCGGGAUAUGGUGCUCAUCAAACUUCCGCUCUGCCAUCUCAUACACAUUUUGAUAAUCUUCUUCCAAAUCGUCGUGGCUCCGUCUAUCACUAGCCGUCACUAUCGCGUUUUCGGAUGGGACUAUCUAAAGCGAAAAAGCUUCGUACAAGUUUUUUCAGGUCAUGGCCACCUAGCACCUUUAUGUAUUGUUGAAUCUUCCAGGUAUUGUAUUGGAUUCUUAGUUGCUGCUUGCUGGGGUCAUCUAGGUGGCUCCACGUUUUGGACAGGGUUUCUUACAGCCGGAUAAUGCUGAGACGCUGUACCCAUUGCGGAGAUUCCUCUGUUGAACGUCCACGGUAGCGACAGAGCCAACAAGAAAUGGCGACAAAGUUUGCUUUUAGUUUAAUUUCGCGAGGUAGUCUAUUUGGUGGAGCCUGACCAUCAACCGAUAACCUUGGAACACAACGCAUGGUACGGCAAUGGCA